AUGAAAUGCCCCCUGCUCCUGCCUCUUCUCCUGCUGGGGAGAGUUUCUGCUCUUCAUUUGGAAAACGUUGACCCUCAUCUGGAGAGCCCAAAGACAGAGGGGGAGCUGGCAGAUCUACAUGGUGCAGGGGAGCAGGAGGGAGAGUUGGUUUUGACACAAGAGAUGAUUCAGACAGAGAGAGAGGAGGAAGAGGCUUCUGGGCAUCAAGAUGCCUUUGAGGAGGAGGAGGACGAGGAGGAGGCCAUGGAGUCGGAACCAGCAGCUUUAGACAAGGACUCACUAUGCCCUAGGGAAGAGGACACAAUUCAAAUGCAGCGAAGUCCUGGGUGCAAGACCUGCCGCUAUCUGCUGGUGAGGACUCCUAAGACAUUUAGAAAAGCUCAGAAUGUCUGCAGGAGAUGCUAUGGAGGCAACCUUGUCUCCAUUCACAGCUACAAUUUCAACUACUAUGUUCACUGCUUGACCAGUAGGAUCAACCAGGCCCAGGUCUGGAUCGGAGGCAUCCUCAAAGGCUGGUUCCUGUGGAAGAAGUUUUGUUGGACUGAUGGGAGCUGCUGGGAUUUUGGAUACUGGGCCCAAGGGCAGCCCACGAAUGGGAAAGGCCAUUGUGUGGCGCUGUGUACCAAAGGGGGCUAUUGGCGACGAGCUCCAUGCAGAAGGUGCUUGCCUUUUGUCUGCUCCUCCUAA